AUGUCUGGCACAAAACGAAGCAACACAGGCGCCUUGGAUGAAGGUACUGAAGACGAUUCUAAAAGAUCAAAAGCAUCUACAGGAAAGAGAAAGUAUCAUCAGAAAUCUAGGAAUGGAUGCUCAACCUGUAAGAAAAGAAGAGUAAAAUGUGAUGAGACCAAACCAGUUUGUAACAAAUGCAAACAUAUGAAUUUAACGUGUGGUUAUGUGCUUAACGAAGAUGAUAGGAAGAAAGAAGAUGAAGAGGGAAAUUUUGUUAAGAAAAGAAAGGUUUCGGACGCGUCUUCGCCAGGUUCGUCGUCUCUGGAAAAAUCAGUGCCAACGACACAACAGGCGACACCUUCAAUAACCCCAAGUCCGAAUGAAUUGGGCGAUAAACUGAACCUGGGAUUCAGUAGUAUUCCAUCGACUUUACUUCAGGCAGGUAACUUAAAUAAUUUGAAUUUGAGUCAUCUUGUAAACAAUUUAAGUGGAUUAGGGGGCAACCUUAAUAAUCUAGGGAAUUUAGCGAGUUUAACUAAUUUGGCCACAUUGGCACAAUUGCCCAUUGAUUUGAGUAAUUUAGGUCUGAUAAUAGAUUCUCAGAUCCAUAAAUCGGUAUCCAGUAAUCUUAAUGGGGCUUAUAGUGGAAGUGCUAACUCAACAAGUAAUAAGAGCAGCCACAAUAACCAUAACAACAUAAAUAAUCAAGAACAUGAAAACAUUGAAGGGGUUCGUAAUGUGCCUCCCUACCCAGAUGCUAAACACAGAGAAGAUGUUCGAAACGGCAGAGUUAAAAUUAAUGAUUCAAUUUCUUCUGCAUCCUCUCAAUUGAAUAAUCAGUCACAAUUCAAUAAUGUGCUAAAAGAUAAGUCUAAUGAUUCGGUAAACAAUCGUCGUGAUACUGACGCAAAACAGCAUGGAGAUACACCUACACCAAAUAAUUCGUUGCCCACCAUUUCCCCUAAUAUAAAUACCCUGGCAGCAGGUCUAACAAAUAAUCCCCUCAACAAUCCAAUGGCUGGUAUGGAGUCUACUAAUUUGAAUAUGCUCGAUUUGAGAUUAAUGUUCCAUUACACAACUCAAGUUUCGAAGACCAUCACAGCAGCAGGAAUAUCUGAUACUCAUGUAUGGAGCCAUGACAUACCCAUGUUGGCAUUCGAUUAUCCUUUCUUAAUGCAUUCCAUACUCGCAUUCAGUGCGACUCAUUUGUCACGUACAGAGAAGGGUUUAGAUCAGUGCGUGACUUGUCACAGAGGAGAUUCUUUGAGGCUAUUACGAGAAGCAGUUUUGGAUAUUAACUCAGACAACACCGAUGCGUUGGUGGCGAGCGCUAUAAUUUUAAUCAUGGAUUCCUUGGCUAAUGCUUCGUUUCCUCUGUCGACUUCUCCGAAGUCUCUACCUGCAUCUGCGUGGAUAUUUCAUGUCAAAGGAGCUGCUACAAUAUUAACGGCUGUUUGGCCGUUGACAGAAACCUCACGGUUCUACAAGUUUAUAUCUGUCGACCUAGGGGACUUGGGCGACAUCAUGGGCAGAAGAGUUAAUUUUUCGAAGAGUACUGGGGAUGAGAAAGAAAGAUAUUAUACCGAUCUCGAAUGCCACGACUCUGAUAUAGCGGAUCUUUUUCCUGUUCCGAUUGACUCACCGUAUUUAAUUACCCUAGCAUAUUUGAGUAAACUUCACAAGGAAAGGUAUAAAUCGGACUUUCUCUUACGAGUGUUUUCAUUCCCAGCAUUACUUGAUAAAGAGUUUCUUUCAUUACUUAUGACAGGCGAUGUCAAAUCCAUGAGAAUCAUGCGAUCCUAUUAUAAAUUAUUACGAUCCUUUACUACUGAAAUGAAGGACAAAGUAUGGUUCCUUGAAGGUGUAUCUCAAGUUCUCCCGGUAGAUGUUGAGGAGUAUGCUGGUGGUGCAGGUGGAAUGCAUAUGAUGUUGGACUUCCUUGGUGGUGGUCCAGCGAUCGUGGAGAAUGACCUCGACGAAGAAAUAUCGAAGUUUGAUCCUACAGGUUCUUUGACUAAGGGGCUUGUCGAUACAAAUAAUCUACCUAGCGAUAUUACUAGUAAUCUCGACGUAAUGCAAGGAGACAGUGGCUUUAUGAACAUUAAAUAG